AUGAACGCGAGUACAUUCCCUUCAUUUAUUACCGAACCCCACCACCACCUCCACCAGCAGCAGCAGCGCGCCGCCGCCCCGGGCUCGCCGUCCGCUUCGUACUGCCCUCUGCUCCCUCAGAUCCAGCACCUGCACUCGCCGCUAACCAAGACGCUGGCACGCCCCGGCGGGGAGCCCGCCAAGCUGCAGCUGCCCAUGGCGCACGCUAACGCUAUGGCGGGCGGCCGCUUCGACUGCUCCACGUCGAGCGACGACGAUGAGAACAUGGACCGCAGCAACACCGCGCACCUCGGUUCCGUGGCCUCACCGCUCCGCAGCUCGGACGGCGGGGACGGCGAAGCGCCCGACUGCUACCGCACCAUCCGCGGCCCGGAAGGCACGUUCUGCAAGUACCACAAGCAGAGCCGCUUCUGUCGCGCCGAGGGCUGCGCCAAGAGUGCCAAGACCGGAGGCUUCUGCAUCUCGCACGGCGGCGGCAAGCGCUGCGCGCACCCGGACUGCACCAAGUCGGCCAAGCAGGGCGGUCUCUGCAUCUCUCACGGCGGCGGCAAGCGAUGCAGCGAGGCCGGCUGCACCAAGUCGGCACUUGUCGGCGGCUUCUGCUCGGCCCACGGUGGCGGCCGCAAGUGCAAGAUGCCCGAGUGCACCAAGACGGCGCUCCUGGGAGGACUGUGCAUCGCGCACGGCGGGGGCAAGCGCUGUCAGGUGGAAGGCUGCUCCAAGAGCGCGGUGGGCGGCACGCUGUGCGUCUCGCACGGCGGCGGCAAGCGCUGCCAGGCCGAGGGCUGCAACAAGGGGGCGGUGCGCAACGGCGUGUGCAUUCGCCACGGCGCCAAGCGCGACCACCCGUCGGUGUCCCCAUAA